CCAUUUCACGUAUUCACGUGGGCCGCUCUCUAAUCCGAAAUUGGCGUCUGGAGAAAUCACGUCUUCACCCACAACCCUGAUAGUCAGGUACCGAGGAUCAGAGAGAGCUUUGCUAUCUGACGUUGACACCACGGACCACCCACAGCACAUCACAAGCAUCGCAAGCAUCAACCCGUCCUCCACUAGUACCAUACAAUCUUUCGCCAUGUCUGAAGAAGAACCAAAAAGCAUUCGUGCUCUUUUCAUAAGCGCUGAACGCCUCCGGAACAGCCUAUCCAACAUCUAUGAUUCCAAUGAUGCUACUUUCCAAGACAGCCUCUUCCACGCCAUCGCCACCUAUGAGUCGUGUCUCAAACUAUCCGAACAUGUAUCUCUCUUCUCGCCAAACGAAAGCCUAGACGAUAUCUCGUCUUCUGAUCUGGAAUACAUGUCCAUCGCCUACCAUCUCGCCGAAUUAGUCCAAAAGCUGCGAACCACCGACAUUGCCAGCCGGAAAACGAAUUUGCUUGAAGCGCGGAAUUACUACGAGCGCUUUAUGAAACUCCUAGAUUCAUACGAUAUGCUUAGUAGCAGCGAUGGAAAGCUGUGGGAAGCGUAUACGGACGACAAGGACCACUUCUCCACAGCGAACACGAAAGAUGCAGCUGCGAGGCGAGAGGUCAAGAUUGCGCGGUUCCGGGAAGAGAAAGAGUUGAAGCAAAAGCUCGAGUACCUCCGCGCAAACCCCAAGCUCGCCGAAAACGAUGACCAAACAGUUCGAUCCCUCCACCUGACGAAUCUAUCCCACCAAGUCCACCAAACUCUCGCGUCACUCGAAUCCCUAGCCCAAGAACUCCACAUCAUUUCCCUGGCCCCGCCACCUCAAUCCGACCCUUCAGCUUCUUCAGGACCAGCAGGUUCCGACUCGCGCGACCAAGCGCGGGAUACCGCUUACUCUGAUCGCCUCGAUACCGAUAUUCCCUUCUCCACACGCUACACCGGACCCCUUCUCAGCAAGUCCGGAAAACCGCUACGGCCUUUUACGCUGACGGGGUCGAUGGCGUCGCGCACGCAGAUGACUCGCGAUGUGUUUCGCCCGGACCACAGUCUGCCGACUAUGAGUAUCGAUGAUUACCUCGAGGAAGAGCGGAAGCGGGGUGGGAUCAUCGAAGGAGGUGGCGAGGCGAGUGGGGUGCGGGAAGUUGUGGAUGAGGAUGAUUUGGACAAAGCGGACGAGGAGACUAUGAAGGCCAGGGCGUGGGAUGAGUAUGUGGAAGCCAAUCCUAAAGGGAGUGGGAAUACAAUCAAUAGGGGUUGA